GUGCAGGUAUCUGCUUAUGAGGAAUGAGUUGCUGGAGAUAAGGAGGUGCUAGUUUUUUUGCUCGAUUGCGGUAACCGACCGCCACGGCACAGCCACGGUGUCGGCGUUGGCGCCACGGCGAUAACCGUCCAUUCGCUCGUCCGCCGGCACACGCGUCUGGCGUUCGUUCGCAACUUCGUGUUCUCGCCGCCGCGUGCUCAAACUAAAAACUACAUACAUCAAUGGUGCCCGUGACUCUUUGCAGAACGCCGACAAACUAGCACGACCGGGAUCUACCAAAACAACCAUGGACAAGGAGCGAGCUUUAGAGGAAAUGAUGGGGAAAUUGGGCGAUUUCGGACGAUAUCAAGGUUUCCAAUUUUUCCUUCAUAUCCUCGCUGCGUUGACGGCUGGCCUGCAUAUGCUCUCCCUAGUGACAGUCGCAGCAGUACCGGAACAUAGGUGCUGGAUCGAUGGAGUGGACACUAAUGAAACAAUCGCACCUUGGAACUCCUCAGAUAUAUUAAAAGCUAUACCUCUAACAGCCCACGGCGCUCUAGAUAACUGUUUGAUGUACGAUGAGCUUAAUCAAACAAUGACUUGUGAGAAAUGGGUAUUCGAUACAAGGUACAGAACAUCAUCUCGUGCUAUUGAGUGGAAUCUUGUCUGUGACCGAAGGUGGAAAGGUGCAAUAGCUCAAACUGUCUACAUGCUAGGAGUUUUUACAGGGGCAGUGUUUUUAGGAGGGCUAGCAGAUAAGAUUGGUCGUAAGACAGUAUUCUGCUGGUCAGGUGUACUACAGUUAAUUUUAGGCGUUGUUGUCUCCUUCAUACCAGAAUACUGGUCAUUUUUAGGUGUCCUCUUUUUCUAUGCAAUAUUUGGAUCUGCUGGCGCAUAUAUUCCAGCGUUUGUGUUGACUAUGGAAAUCGUAGGAGCAAGUAAGAGAACAGCAUGUGGAGUUGCUUUUCAAUGUGCUUUUGCAUUUGGCAUUAUGCUGGUAGCUGGGUGGGGAGCUAUAAUCGAUGAUAGACAAAUUCUUCAAGUUAUAUACGGAUUGCAUGGUCUUCUCCUUAUUCCACACAUAUGGAUUAUGGAUGAAUCGCCACGCUGGCUUUGGGCACAAGGAAGACCAAAGGAGGCUGUAGAUAUUGUUCAAAAAGCUUUAAAGUGCAACGGAUCAGACGAAGUAUUAGAUAGAGCUGAGUUAGUGUCUAAAGGAAAAGUAGAGUCAUCUAAAGUAACAGACGAACCCUCUGCAAGCACAUUAGAUCUUUUCAAGACACCGAAUCUCCGUAAUAAAACCUUAAAUAUCUGCUUAUGUUGGUUUGCUAACUCUUUAGUAUAUUAUGGACUUACAUUGAGCACUGGUAAGCUUGAAGGAAAUCCGUACCUUAUCACGGCCGUUUUUGGUUUGGUAGAGCUUCCCAGUUAUGCUGCAGUUAUAUAUUUCCUUGACAUUUGGGGUCGUAGAGCACUUAUAUGUUCCAUGAUGAUCAUAGGCGGCAGUGCGUGUAUUAUUGCCGCAUUUAUUCCCACUGGUACUAUUAUAUCAACUGUAGUUGUCAUAGCGGGCAAAUUAUUUAUCGCUGGUUCAUUUGCUAUAGUGUAUAACUAUUCUGCAGAGCUGUUCCCUACUGUAGUCCGGAAUUCUGCUAUAGGUUUGGGUUCAAUGUGCGCUCGAUUAUCUGGAGCAUUAACACCAUUGAUAACAUUACUCGAUUCUUUUAAUCCUAAAAUUCCUGCCGUAACUUUUGGCCUAGUCGCUUUAGUCUCUGGUUUUCUGUGUUGUUUCUUGCCAGAAACUAUGAAUCAACCCAUGCCACAGUCUAUACAGGAUGGUGAAAACUUUGGAAAGGGUGAUACUUGUUUUAAUAGCUGUAUCAAAAAAGAUGAAGAAAAUGUUGAUGCUUACACAGUUGAUGAUAAAGCUGAUGUAAUGGUGCCUUUAGAUAAUGUUAGUAAGAAAGCGUAAAAAGUAAUUGAUAUAAAAAGAAAUAUAUAUACAUGUAAACAAAUAUUUACAAAACAAGACGAUAAAAAUUCCGUCCAAUUACAAUAAUUGAUUAUAUCGCUUUACACUGCCUUAUGUGCUAUUAUUAUAUUGUUUAACCUAGUACAGUUAAAAGAUGCUUACGUAAGAAUGUUAUCAGAUAUGCUUACCGAAGAAAAUUAUAUGAUGGCCGUAAAGUUAAGACCAACUGAUUGUUUUAUUAUACGAAGAGUAGAUGAUAUACCUAUAUAACUAUGUACCUACCCUUCGAAUAAUAAUAUACUGUUUCCAAUGAUGAUUUCAUUACUUACGCACUUCAAUAUAACUAAGGAUUUGUCAAACAGUACCGAAAAUUAUUUAUGUGAUAUUGCUAAUUUGUAUAUUUGAUCAAAGAGGUGAGAAUAUUUAGAAGUGCGUAAUUAUAAGCCUGAUCUUAGCAAGAAGCUACAGUAUAUUGAUAUAUAAAAAACAUACUUUGGUGUUUAAUGUGUGUGUAGGUAUAUAUCGUAAGAGAUUUGUAAACGAAUUAGCCUGUACAUAUUAUGAAAAAUAGUUGUAGCAAAUGAAGAGUUUGUCGGACUUAUACUAUGGAUCAAAUGGACUUUUCCUUAGUAAGUAAUAAAAAAAAAAUUUAAUAGGUAAAUCCACACCACAUAUAGUUUUGUCCUAUCUAAUAAUGAAAAAUAAAUAAUUUAUUUGCUGUGUAAGUAGGUUGAACAAAUUACGAUAUUUUCUGACCUAUUUUCUCAGCUAUACUAUUCUACCCAUUAAAUAGAUUUGUUUUAAAAUGAAAAAAAAAUUCAGGGUGUUACGUAUGAGUUUCUACCUACGUCUUUUUCUUCUAUCACGUGACAGUUAACUACGAUUUGUAUGGAAUCGAACUGAGAAACAAUAUUGUCACUAGAUGGCGCUCUCAAAAUGCACUCAGAUUCAUGUAAUAUAUAUCACAAUCUGUAAGAUUUAUAUCGAUGGUAAGCUCUUUUUUAAAUGUAAAUUAUCCCCUCAAAAUCGAUUGACUGCUUUAUUAAAAACUCGAGAUUAUAAUUUAUUUUUAUCUUAAUUUGAAAGAGAUUUUAAUUUUAUCAUCAUUUCAAAACCGGUAAUCACAACAUUCCUUUACUAGAUAACGCUAAUAGUUGAUUUAUACAAUUAUGAUGAUUACAUUUUGUCUCAAUUUUAGCAUUAGCGGCAGGAGGACUAACUCACUCUGUCUGCGACAGUAGAAAGAUGUGUGAUAUCAUCUACAAUGAUUAUUUGUAGAUAUCAAAAUUUCCUAAGCUAAGUACAAAUGGUUAUUGGAGCUCCAUAUAUGUCAAAAUGUUGGAGUAAGGUUAUAAUUAUACAAAGUUAAAAAAAUUUGCAGGGUUUGAAACCAGUUUCGUAAGUCUUUAAUUAUUCCGGAUUAAACCGGUUUCGUUGUAACAAAAAUAUUUGGGAACGCUAUAUACCUAACUGUUUUCUUGCUGGGGUAAAGAAAAACUCGUCCUCGCUUUUCUUAAGUGUGCGUGUGAUAUCGAAAACGAACGAACAAUCAACCCCGUCAACCGUCUCACACGGACACCACUCAGUAACGCGUCAAAAGAUGUUGUUCCCUGAUACCGUUCUCAAAUAAAGACCGAUCAAAGCGAACUUUUAAAACCAAUCCGUUAUUAUAUUAGUACGAUAAUUUUACCAGUUAGCAAGCCCUCAUAGAAGAUAUCUGUGAUAAAAAACAGUACAAAUGAAUAGAACUAAGCAGGCCGGUAAGUGGUCUUAAAUGAAAUAAAUUUCAUGCAAUUUAGUUGUGUCUUACCUACUUUGGUUAUUUAUAGGUUUAGGUACUUGGUUCGGAUUUAUUUGCGCACUCCAUAUCGACUCAACGUCCACCAACAUUUGUGCAGCGUGGUUAAUAUUUGCUCUAGAACCCAUUCUAACUAAUCUGAAGGUAAUGGAGGAUCGGUUAAAUUAAAGCAAUGGAAUGUGACCUUUAUGUUUGCGCGAUAAAACUUUACAAAAUUGUUGUGUAACUAGUGUCACAUUUGGACUAGGAGCCUACUAACAGUCAUGACCCCAUCCGUCACACACUUCUUACCACAAUGUCUUAUGUCAGUUCCGUAUUCGGUAUUGUGUCGGUUGAGCCGGUGGUCAUUUGUGUCAAGUUUAUAUAUGAAGUGUUAAAAUUUAUGUCAUUGAUAAGUAGUUAGGAAAACAAUAUUAUAGAAAGUCUCGGUCCUAGGUGCCUUAAACAAAGUGAUAAGUAAAUUGCAACUAGCAUAUCUAAGCAAUACUGUUAUGAAAUUAUCUACUAAUUAGAAAUAUAUAUAUUGUUAUAUAUGGCAUAUGCAUGGAUAGCUUUUAAUUUUCUGUUUCUACAAAUAACAUUGGUAGGUAUGUAUAUUAGAAGCUCAGUUUUAAGUGAUUACCAGCGGUUCCCCGUGCCUUUGUCCGCUUACGACUCCUGAUGACUAAAUUACCCCAUACAAAUGUUUAUCUGCUAUUCUUUACAAUAGAACCCGACCCACCUCAUUGCAUUGACUACCCUACUGUCUUUUCGUUGUCCCGGUUUCACAGAAUCUGGGCUUUCAAAUAAAAAAAAAGGUUUCUGAAAUUCUUAGCUUUACAAAUAAAACACACUCUUCAGCGUUAUUUUUAUUAGUAAAGAAAGAUAGACAUACUAUGUAAUGUUUAGAUCCUCUUAAGCUUUCUAUCGUAUAGGAAGGUAGGCAGAUAUUACAUAACAACACACAUAAUAAUUGGAGUUCCUACAUUUUGAUAACAUAAAAAUAAAUGUAAUUUUAGAUAAAUUAUUUUAAAAUCAUAAUGAAAUUAAUGAAACUUUAUAAAAUGUUUGUAUUUAGCCAAAAUUUCAUUGGGUACGAAGCAAUACUAAUUGUUUUUGAUGCAUGUGCGCGUAAAGUAGGUUUAUGUCACAAUUGUGAAAUAUUGUAAUUACCGCACUGUGCGGUAAUCUUUUAUCACAUCUUUUAUCUGCCCAUAAAACCUGCGGAAAUAUUUUUCGUUUCACACGUCAGUGCCUUUAAUUGAAAUUCAGUAUGAUACAUAUGUGUAAUUGCGUUGUCGAUCUAGUGGUUAGCAUGUUCAACUACGGAUCACGAGGUGCUAGAUUCAAUUUCCGGGUCUAGCCGAUAUUUUUCAUUGAGGUGUUCUAUAAAAAAAAAUAUUACCUAAUAACUACCUAAUUAUUUUAAUGUAGAAUUAACAUAACCUCAUAAUUCAACUACUUGUCCGUACAAAAAUAAAUGUGAUUAUAGAAUAUUUGUAUCUGUUUCCUAAUAGAAAUUAAAGAACUUACCAAAAAACUUAUAAAAUGCUCGUGAAAUGUCUUGUAUGGCAUGUAAAAUUGUUAUUAGUAUGGUGCUAAUUCUGUUGUACAUACAUCUUAAUCAUAACUAAAUUGACGUGUCUACAAAUAGUGCUAUCUCACAUAAUAUAUAAAGCCUUUAACAGUCUACAGUGGAACUAAAGGCGUCUUGGGAGGGUUUGACAAUAAUCACCAUGCUAGGCAGACGGGUUGGUUUUCGCAGUAGAUGUUUGUAGUAGCACAAAUGACGUUAGGGUCUAUUCUCCGUUAUACUCCCUUAUUCACCUCGUACGACAACUGCUGAUGACAACAGAGUGAAAAAGACGGCACUAUUUUUAAACCUAUCAAUUAAGUUUAGAUCAGAGACUUGUCUACGACAGAAUCGACACAAUUUAGAAAUUUAUGUUAUGAAUUAUAUCGUUUAAAACUUAUAAUAUUAAAACACAUUUAAUUAGAUAAGUCUGUUAUGUUUAUCUAGAUAAAUAUUUUUGCAAUAAAUAAACGAUUAAGUUUCC